UUCUGCUUCCGAGUUUCCCACCGGAGCUUUACAAACGAACCAAGAUGUCGGCCCGCCUGCUGCGUCCUCUGAAGUGUCUCCAGGUGGACAGCUGGGGGGUCCUGAUGGGUCGCCCAACUUUGCACUUCUGCAGUCAAGCUAAAGAUCCACAAAACCCAACGAAGAAGACUCAAGCUCCAGUCCAGACAUGUUCUUCAGCAGUUGAGGCUCCAGCUGACAGAGCAGCCCUGCUUGCCUACAAAACCCAAGUUGUCUUUCCAGUUCGACUGUCAGAACCAGGCUUCUUCCCAUCUUCAGCUGCACCUGCAGUUGCUUCAACAUCUACCCCUACACCUGCUCCUCCAGAUGUUUCUGCACCCACCCUGGCUUCAACAUCUACCCCUACACCUGCUCCUCCAGAUGUUUCUGCAGCUGCCCUGGCUUCAACAUCUACACCUGCUCCUCCAGAUGUUUCUGCAGCUGCCCUGGCUUCAACAUCUACCCCUACACCUUCUCCUCCAGAUGUUUCUGCAGCUGCCCUGGAUUCAACAUCUACCCCUACACCUGCUCCUCCACAUGUUUCUGCACCUGCCCUGGCUCCAGAGCAUGCUACUGCAGCUGCCAAUGAUGUUGCUGUCUUUUCCUCCGACUCUGGGAUGUCUGUUGCUGCAGAAUCAUCUUCUACCUCCUCCUCCUCCUCAGACAGUGAGUCUGACUCCGACUCCGACUCCGACUCUGACGCUGAAGAUAAUAAGUCUGAGUUGCAGUCUGGAAAAGGAACAUCCCUGCUAGAGAAGCCAGAUAUUCAGGAGUUUGCCGUCACAGGAAGGACAAAAGACGCUGCUGAUGCGGAGUGUGAGGCAUUGAGAGCAACAGUGAAGAGACCCACCGUCAGUUCUGAUCAGUCAGAUGCCCUGGGCCCUGAGGCCAGCACUGCCACCCAGGAUCCAGCAGAGCUUCUAGACCCACACGUUCCCGCUGGGAAAGUUGCUCAGGAAGCAGCAGAAGGUUGUGUAGCUGUCGACACUGCCACUACUGAAACUCCAGGUUUAGUUGAGAUGCCAGCUGUCUAUCAAGAGAAAAACCUGACUGAGUCUGAGUCCGAGAGCCCCCCUACCGACACUGCUGGUCUUCCAGAGUCCAAGAGCACCCCUACCGACACUGCUGGUCUGCCAGAGUCCGAGAGCCCCCCUACCGACACUGCUGGUCUUCCAGAGUCCGAGAGCCCCCCUACCGACACUGCUGGUCCUGUAGAGUCCGAGAGCCCCCCUACCGACACUGCUGGUCCUGUUGAGUCCGAGAGCCCCCCUACCGACACUGCUGGUCUUCCAGAGUCCGAGAGCCCCCCUACCGACACUGCUGGUCCUGUUGAGUCCGAGAGCCCCCCUACCGACACUGCUGGUCUUCCAGAGUCCGAGAGCCCCCCUACCGGCACUGCUGGUCUUCCAGAGUCCGAGAGCCCCCCUACCGACACUGCUGGUCCUGUUGAGUCCGAGAGCCCCCCUACCGACACUGCUGGUCUUCCAGAGUCCGAGAGCCCCCCUACCGGCACUGCUGGUCUUCCAGAGUCCGAGAGCCCCCUAACCAACGCUACUGGUCCUGUAGAGUUGGAGAGUCUUGUGAUCGAAACUGUGACAGAAUUUUCCAGUCCUUCAGAGGAGCUGCUGGACCCCGCCCAAGUUUUGUCCGAAUCUACAGAAAAGGAGAUGGUAGAAGUCACUUCUGGACCAUCUGAGGGUACAUACCACACCAACCUCUCACUACCCUCCUUGCUUUUUGUUGGUGGUUUUCCAGAUUGUCACUUCUUUGUGAACGGUUAACCACGCCUGACGUCAGACGCAGCUUUGUCUCCUCCGUCCCUCUGACCUCCUUCUAGAAGUUUUCAGCUGCAUGAGGUGGACUCACCUGUCUGAAAACUCUGAUCAUUGUCUGAGCUCCAAUUCUUUCAUUCUCAAACUGAUAUUACCAUCUGUCUGUGGGCCGCCUCCAACAAACUGAUUCCAAGUUCCAAGGUUCAGAACCGAUUCCUAAUGUAGAACUGAUUCAGGUCCAAAAAAAACUACUGGUUCUGAAUACACUCAUGUGAUGUCACAAACAGGUUUCUGGUGGAAACCAGAUACACGCCCACCCUGUUUGAUCCAAAGAUGAGCCUGGCAGCUGGUUGCAACAUGUUGGGUAGCUUAGCAUAGCUAAUGCUAACAAGUGAUGCUGCUAACAGAAGCUUAACAAGCAGAAAUCUUGACGCAUGUUUGUCAUCUUCUAAUGAAGAGGUUACAGCUGGUUGUGCUGCUGACUGUACGACAAGGUCUUCUAGGACUAGCCCCAACUCGUACCUGGAGAUCCAAUUAGCCUGUGGAGGAUUUUUGGUAAACGGUUAAUGAUUUAGAGCAGCCAUUCUCAACCUUGGGGUCCCGAACCCAAUUGGGGUCGCAAGAUGAUUUCUGGGGGUUGCGAAAUCAUUUUGGAAAAAUAUAAAUGCACAAAAUUAAUAUAACUUCCGACUGGACGUUAGAUGGAUAACAAUUGGUUGGUCUCAAACAGGAAUUUUAGUACUCAAAACCAGUUACUGUCGGCCGUAACUAGGCUACACCAAAACAACAACAACAAGGAACCUGUCCACUAUUCUCAUGUCUGCCCUUCUCAUUCACACAUCAUCAGAGCAAAGACAUCUUUGUUUUCUCCCCGUCUGCUGUCAGCAGGAGCGGUGGCUGCAGACAGCAGACGCGUUGCAGAACGUAAACUUAAACAUUAGCCUAUUUAAACAUUAUAAAAGUCAGCGUUGUUAAAUUCAUAUUACAUUACAUCAUUUCAAACAGAGUUGUUUUCUGCUUCAUUGCUUUUCCAAAGUUGAUUUUACGUGAUUCUGAUCUGUGCAGGUCAGAUUCUGGUCAGUGAAGCACUCUGUGCUGAAGUGGUGGGGGAGUUUCGGGGUGAACAAAGAAGAAAAAAAAAAAAAACAGGCGCGUGAUUGUUAAAGGGCCAGUCCCAAUCCCCCCUAGUCCUACUUUUCAGCCCUACCCCUAAAUUUUGCGCGUUCCCGUGAGGGUAGUGGUGUCCCAAUUCCUCUUUGCAUCUAGGGGUAGUGGGCAUAACGAGGGCUAGUGUGUAUGAAUCUAGCCCUUAAAAGCGAGGGAUUUCAGAUGCUGACUUCGCGACCGAGGGCCUAAGAAAAUUUCCCAGAAUGCUUUACGUCAUCAUUUACAGACUGAUCAAACAAAAAAACAUGGCGGACAUUUUUUAUUUUUUAGUGAAUAAAAUCAAUAUUUUGAGUUAGUUUCUGCAUAAAAAUGCGUUUUGAGCAUUUUUAUGCUCAAAACGCGAGAAAUAUACAUUUUACUUUCAUAAUAUUCACUCAGUGAAUGUACAUAAUCACUUGCUUGCUCGUUGUUG